AUGGCGAAUGGUGUGAAGAAACUGGAAACUAUUGACCUUCUUAACCACCCCGACAAUAUCCGUCCCACUCUUAGUCAACUUGGUGAAACAAGGCCGAAGAAAAAUCCCCGAAUUCGCUUUGUUGAACCUAAAUUUGAUGUAAUCAAGAGGGAAAAUUUUCGAAUAUUUGGUGAAGAGGCGCAUCGUUUUGCAGAAAAAGGAAAGUUCGAUCAUCUCAGGGAACAGUACCAUGACUAUAGAAGCACUAAUAAAAUGCAUCAGGAUUCAUUAACCAGAAGUUUUUCGUCUUUAACUCGAAACAGUUCUAGUCCUAUGGCUAAAAUCCUUCAGCCCGACCUUUCACCAAUUCCUUGCACAACCAGACCAUCUAGUCCCUGUCUUCGUGGAGAAGAAAGUCUUGAAAAUUGGCGUCGCGGUAGAGGCUGUCUUUCGCUGCAGUACCACACGCCACAGCGAGUUCCAACCAGUGAUGCACCUUCAUGCGAUUCCCGUUUUAGUUACCGAACCGAAGAGGUAUUGCAUUCAUUAAAUACGAUAUUGUGA